AUAAUUUUUCACAUUUAUUGCAUUCUUUUCGUAAACAAACAUAAAAAUGGUAAAAAAUGAGCCUAAUUUUGUCGUUGAGCGCAUUGUGGACAAAAGAAUCACUGCGGCCGGCAAAGUAGAGUACUUCAUAAAAUGGCGCGGCUAUCCCUCCAGCGAUAAUACUUGGGAGCCCGAGGAAAAUUGCGAUUGCCCUGCUCUCAUACAAAGAUUUGAAGAGUCCCGUGCAAAAAACAAGAAAAGAGCCGAGAAAAAGCCAAAAUGUGAGGAAAUACAGAAACCCCGGGGCUAUGAGCGAGGACUGGAUCUUGCAGAGAUAGUGGGCGCCACAGACGUUACCGGUGAAAUAAAAUAUCUUGUUAGAUGGCAAUAUUGUGAUGAGUUUGACUUGGUUACGAGUAGCCAAGUAUCGGAAAAGAAUCCAGAGAUGCUAAUCGAAUACUACCAAAAGAGGGCACCUUACAACAACUUUAUAAGUAAGCGCAUGCAGGGCGUUCCGGAGCAGCUACGCACUAGUGCUGCACAAACUGGAUAUGCUAUGGGGAGUGUGGCUGUGGAUGUUGCAGACUCUUCUAUGGCACAUCUGGAGAGCGAGCAGCGACAGUCAAUGGAACAGGAACAAUCUGCUAUGGCGAUGCCUGUACAGCACGGGGUUGCUGAAAUGGACAAUGUGGGUGUGUCCUACUCCAUACCUGUCCCCGGGGUAGGCAACAUUGCAAUUGACGUGCCCAUGGUCGAUAAUUAAGACAGUUAUUAAUAAAA